CCUGCUUUGCCUUUCGAUUUCAAACUUUGAACAAACUAAAAGUCCAAGUCUAAGUGAAAGAAGAACAAAUUUUCUCCUUUCUUUUUGCUUAUUUUGAAGCUUUGGGUUUUGAUUUUUGAUUCCCUAGGAACAAGAAUUUUCCAGGUCAAUUUUGUUUUCCUGAAGGUAUAACUUCUAUUGUAGUGUUGAAGUUUCUUGUAGUCAACUUGACAAAGGGUUUCACAAUUCUGUCCUUAACUGCUGAUAAAUUCUCUGAGAUCUCUUCAUCGUGUUCAAAAGCUGAUGCCAAACUCAUAGCAUGGAUGCACACCGGCUUUUCAGAUACGGUGUGACUGGUGCAAGCCUAUCCUACUCAACCUCUUAUUCAACUGUUCCUUCUAUACCUAAUCGGCUGUUUAGUUCUUCGAAAUCUGACAUAGGAAGCUCACCCAACUCGCCCUUUUCAUCUCAAUUUGAUUCACCCUUUUCGACUCAAUUUGAUUGUGAUACCAACACCACGUUGAGUGACAGCCAGGAGCAGCAUAGCUCCACGGAGAAUCUCUCAGGACUUAGCUCUUCUUGUAACUCUUCACUUGAAUCUAACACUUAUUUCCAUAAAUUGAGUCCCUCUCUGGACUGCAAGCGCGAAAUCCUGCCACUCUGUUCUGGUGGAACUUCUUAUAUACAGGAUGCAAAUUCUAGCCACAAAAUAAUAUACACUUUGCAGGAAUUAGAGACUGCACUAAUGGCACCUGAUGCGGAUGAAGAAGUAACCACCCCAAAUGUUUCCUGUGGAGAAAGUAGUAGACAACAGACAGCAGGCCAGCGAUCUAGGGCAUGGAGCCAGGAGCACCAAGGAUCUUUGGUGCUUCAGCCUCAGACAUCCUUUGUUUCUAGGCAUAGGCAGUCAACUGAAGUUUCUAAUGCUGAGAAACGUCAGAAAGCAAUACAGGAUUUGUCUUUGCAGGGUAUUCCACCGGGCAAUCUGAAGAAAUUAUUGAUUGUGUGUGCUCAAGUUCUCUCCGAAAACAAUAUGGACGAUUUUGAUAAGUUGAUUGCGAAGGCCAGGAAUGCUGUGUCUAUCUGUGGAGAACCAAUCCAGCGCCUUGGUGCUUACAUGGUGGAAGCAUUGGUGGCAAGGAAGGAGGCAUCAGGGUCAAACAUAUAUCGUGCCCUUCGUUGCAGAGAGCCUGAAGGCAAGGACUUACUUUCCUACAUGCAGAUCCUGUAUGAAAUUUGCCCCUACUUGAAGUUUGGCUACAUGGCAGCCAAUGGGGCCAUUGCUGAAGCAUGCAGAACUGAAGAUCGCAUUCACAUUAUCGAUUUCCAGAUUGCUCAGGGAACACAAUGGGUAACCCUCUUGCAGGCGCUUGCAGCCAGACCUGGUGGAGCUCCUCAUGUCCGCAUUACAGGAAUUGAUGAUCCUCUUUCUAAAUAUGCUCGUGGUGGUGGAUUGGAAGCUGUUGGCAGACGUUUGGCUUCACUAUCUGAAAAGUUCAAUAUUCCAGUUGAGUUUCAUGGAGUGCCAGUUUUUGCACCAGAUAUCACAAGGGAGAUGCUUGAUGUCAGGCCUGGGGAGGCUCUGGCUGUCAACUUCCCUCUGCAGCUACAUCACACCCCUGAUGAGAGCGUUGAUGUGAACAACCCUAGGGAUGGGCUUCUGCGAAUGGUAAAGUCACUUUCUCCCAAAGUUACCACAUUGGUAGAGCAAGAAUCAAACACAAAC